AGUGCGGUUUGUGCAGAUGCUGACACACACUUACUCACACACACACACACACACACACACACCUAGUGAAGCGUCUGUUUUGGAGCAUGCUGAAACAGAUCAGUCUUUCAUGCUGAAGCCGGCGCUCUGUGUACCUUUGCUCCCCACUGGUGUUUACCUCCUCUCGCUGCUGCUGCUCUCUGCCACGUCAAAUCACUGCCUGGGUGCUUGGCUCGCUCCUCCGGGUGCUUCGCGGCCAAACAAGCCUGACUGUGGUCACCCUGCUCUGGGUCUGAGGAGUCAGAGACAAACUGACUGGAAGAUUCCUACCAACUCAGGGCUCGGCUUCUCCGGCUGGUAUUUUGGCCGCGUCUGACUGUCUGCUGGAGCUCUGUUUGCCUUUGGAAGAUUAACGGAUGUGCUCAGGUCUGUGGAGGCACUCAGACUGAGGACUCACCUGACGGCUGAGGAGAUAUUGGAAGUGUGGCUGCUAGAAGUGUAUUUGUUUGUUUUUUUCUUAAUUUUAUGCGGCUGAAAAAUGAGUGGAUAUCUUUAUAGAGGAAGGCACUGCGGUGCAGAGAAACGGGCCAGGCCGAAGAGCAUCGGACCUAUGAUGGAUUUCUCAUGUGAUGAGACAGAUAAAGGCCCACCGGUACAGAUGCACAGCCUCCGAGAGUUUGAACAGCACCUGAACGACCUGAAGAAGGAGAACUUCAGCCUGAAGCUCCGGAUCUACUUCCUGGAGGAGAAGAUCCAGCAGAAGUUUGAGGAGAGUGGCGAUGAUGUGCACAAGAGGAACAUCGAGUUGAAGGUUGAAGUGGAGAGUCUGAAAAAGGAACUUGAGGAGAAACAAGAGCUUCUGGACAAAGCACUGUCAACAGCAGAGAGCCUGUCCAAUCAGAAUGAAGCAGAGCUGCAGCGUCGCCUGGCGGAGCGACAGGAGGAGAUCAUCCACAUGCAGGAGAUCCUCGAAACCAAAGUUCAGCUGCUACAAGAGGAGGCUGAGCUGGCGCGAGGCGAGGCUGAGCGGAUGGCCUCGCUGGCGGACUCAGAGACUCAGCGCUGCCUGGCUCUGGAGAGAGAGAUGGUGGAGAGGAUGGAGGAGAGUGGAGGCUUGGGUGGACUGCUCACCCAGCGGGCCCUGGAUGACAAAGACAGGGUGAUCGAGGAGUUGACUCAGCAGAAACAUUCUCUGGGUCUCCAGGUCGAGGAGCUUGAGGUCAAAGUUCACAAUCUUUCCUCUCCUCUCAAGAAGAAAGAGAGUCAUGCUGAGAGCCGAGUCCACGCACAGAUGCAGGUGGCACCAUCUCUGUCAGGUCGCCCACAUCAGCAGCGAUCAGAGGAGCCGGGUCACUGCAGAGUCAGCUCACACGUACAGAAAUGGUUCAGUCUGAACAGCUGCAAGAGGUCUCACUCCUACACUGAUGCAGGGGGCUGA